AUGACUUCACGUGACGUAAACUUUCCUAUUACGGCAAAUUUGAACUCACCGAGACCCACUUUCUGCGAGGACAUGGAGGAUAUCACGAAUGUUCAAGGAAGGAAGGAGUCUAUGUCAAACUCUUCUAAUGACGUUGACCUGGACGAGUUCCUCCAUGUUCAGCGUCUUUGUUCAACACCGCCAAAUGAACCAGCCCAGGCUCAGACAUGUUUAGACGAGAUCGUUAUCCCUGCCGCCGCUAGCGACGAGAUACAACACAAGCAAGAGAGACAAGAUGAUACACAACGUGGCAGUGAACUAAAUCAUUCACGUACGCAGCCAAGACGUAGAGGAAUUCGUUCUAGUGCCUCAUCGAUACCCGAAUACUCUGUCAUAUGCUUCCCCUCCAACCCCACCAAACCGAACGGUAUCAAAAAGAAGAGGAAGGACUUUGACGAAAAGAGACGACAGGAAGUUGCCCAAGUACGCAAAAGCGGUGCUUGUUUUCGAUGCAAAUUCCGAAGGAUUUCUUUGUGUAUUCGUGAGAAACUGACCAAAAUGAGAUUCAGUUCUGGAGGACCUCAUCGUAAAGUGUCGUUAGCGAUGGACUAUCCUGGCAACCCAGCUCUAGAAGUUGAAGUCCAGGACUACUAUGGAAAUACGACGCCACCAUGGUUCUGCUGUUGGGUCGUGACAGAUCAAGUCGGCGGUCAAGUCGAAUCUUACCGGCAGGAAAGUGCCCGAUAUGCCUUGCCGCAACUUCUUCCACCCAGUCAUUUAGUUGAUUGGGUUGAAAGGAUCAUCAGCUACCAAGAAACUCGUUGCAUAGGGUUCCAACAAACUGUGGAUUCUUUCAUCCUGAGAUACAGUCAAUCAAAGUCACCCCUACCAAUGCAUAACUUUGUCCGCAAAGUACACAAACUCAAUUGCUUGACUAAGAUCCGUCUGGGGCUGAUUCUAUGUGUCGAAGAAGGCGGCGACAUGACACCGCCCUCUUGCGCUCUACAUACCCAAUUCGGGCAGAUCUCGAAAGCGGCCUCCCAACCCAUUGAGAAGGAAGUUCUCCUAGAAUUGGAGAAGCUAGUUUUUGGACCUACAGGAAUCGGUUCCGACAAUUCGAUAGCCCUCUGGGCCAGUCUCUGGUGCUUGAUUCUGAUGUACCGAAAACUGGUUCACACAUACAUGGCUUUUCGACAAUUCCCAUGCCAUGUACCAGAGGACUACAGUGGCUUUCCAGAAUGCAAGCUGGAAGUCGAAGCUUUCAUGAGUCUACGUACAGAGAGUUUCUAUUUUCAAAGAGAAUCCAUGUCCAUGUCAGCAUCGCCUGAUCAACUACUACGAAGGAUGAUUUUGGAUCGAGAAGCAGGGCUUAGACCCAAGCAGAUUAGUCACUAA